AUGCGGGCACCUGUUUCUCGACCUCUUCCUGCUCUCUUCCAGCCCGAGACAACUCCAGCGAGGCGCGUGGCACAACAUCAAGUAAACCGCAACCUAGCCCUCUUGCUACUGCUGUUGACUUUCGCUUGCAUCACCUCCUUCGCAUCCGCCUACUAUCUCUUCACUACGAGGUGGGAAGCACGAAAAGUACCUCGUCCAUGGCUCCAAGCUGAUACGAUUUCUCAAGCCAACGCAUCCACUUCCACUGAUGAGAAAUUUCUCGCCUACCUGCCACAUAGUGGUUUUCAUAACCAACGCAUCGCUUUCGAAAACGCUCUCCUCCUUGCAUAUGCCCUCCGUCGCACGCUCCUUGUACCACCAAUCCGUCUUGGGAAUAAACCCAUACGUUAUGUUGAAUAUGACAGGUUAUCCAGACACCAUGAACUCUCUGCAAAGGAAGGGCUGUAUCACUGUCUGCAAGUGCCGCCAUAUGUUUCACGCCCGCCAGAAUGCCUGCAAUAUUUCGAAUCUACGUAUCUGCCUUGGGACUGGCUGGUCAAUAUGACUGGGCUUGGGAGCCAACAGCCUCUCGUCUACCGUCCUAAUAUGGCGCAAGCAUGGAUAUUCAAGACUACUGGCGUUGAGCCAUCUGAUGUCUUUACCCUGCGCGACUCUGUCCCGUACCAGUAUCGCUUUUUGGACAACGACUCUCACUACUCUCCGCCUCAAGACCGCUACUCGCAAGACAUCUAUUUCACUGACUUAGCUAAUGUUCAAGAACGCCUUCUUCAGUUCGGAACACUGUUUGGCACCUCACGCCUGCGUCUAAGGGAUCCCAACAAUCUGGCGUAUCGCAGGAGGAUACGGCAGAGUAUGAUGUUCUCUAACAACGAUCUUCUGUCAGUGGCAGAUUCUAUCGCCGGGUUUUUCAGAGGUCCUUAUGUUGCGAUACACUUACGGACUGGGGACGGGAGCUUUAAGCGUACGGCCAACGAGACGGCCAAAGAGGUUUGGUGGACACUUCUACGCGACGUUCUUGGGGUGCCCCCGUCAGAAAAGUGUGAGCUGGAACAAAAGUUCGCAGAGGAAUCUUCAAACAAUUGCAUUCCGGACCCAGCUUGUGCUGAUGCAACCUUGGAACUGUCGUCUACCCCGACAUCAAGACCCAACCUAUGA